AUGAAGCGAGAUAUUGAGAAUUAUGUGCGGCAGUGUGAGUCCUGCCAGAAGAACAAAAUUUACAAAAGUAAAGAUUGCGACUAUGUGCGACUGCAUUUGGCUACUGUUGAUGAAAUAAUGAGCUGCUCUUACCGUGCCGAUAUAAUCCUCUUUGGUGACUUCAACCAACCUCACGUUGAAUGGAGUGCAGCUUCAGGCGGUUUCCUAUUCGCUGAUCCACUUUUGUCGUACUUGACACGAGCUUGUCGCACAUUACUCGAUGGUUUGUCGUUUUGCAGUUUGCGACAACGUAACGGAGUUCGCAACUUCAGGAACCGAAUUCUUGACCUUAUUUACACUUCUGAUUCUGUUACUACUAUCAGCACUGCUGAAGAGGCUCUCGAAUCCGUUGUUCGCCCAGAUCCUGAUCAUCCGGAUCUUUCGCUAAUCGUUAAGUUUCCUCCUGCAGUUGCUCAUUACGACGACGAUGUCGGUUUGGAAUUGGAUUUUCGGAAAACUGAUUUCGAUGCCCUAAAUAGAUUGCUCUCCCAGAUUGAUUGGUCGGACAUAUACUCAAGUGUGAAUGUUGAUGAAGCUGUUAGUGCCUUCACAGCCAAAUUGCAUGGCUGCUUUUCUGAGGUGGUGCCUCCGUUCAGACCUCCAAAAAAACCACCUUGGUCCAAUGCGCGAUUGAGAAAUCUGAAGCGACACCGUUCGAAAAUGCUCAAACUAUACUGUCGACAGAAAAACCAAUUUUCAAAACAUCAAUUUGAGGAAGCGAGCCGUGUAUACCGAUGCUACAACCGACUGCUCUACAGGCGACAUGUAAAUCGAACAGAAAACAAUUUACGCAGGAAUCCGAAACAGUUCUGGUCAUUUGUAAACACGAAGCGGAAGGAUUAUGGUCUACCUACAUGUAUGAAGCUGGGAGAUUUGACCGCUUCUACAGCUGAUGAAAAUAACGCCACUUCUAAUGUUCCUGUAGAUGCUGUUGACUUCGAUGUUUUCACUAUCAAUGCUGAUAUGGUUGUAACGGCUUUAGCGAAGUUAAAGUCUGCAUCCAUUGCUGGGCCAGACGGCAUUCCAUCAUGCGUGCUGAAAAAGUGCGCUGGUGUUCUGGUUGAACCUCUGCUAGCAAUUUUCAAUCUUUCCUUGCAAAGUCGAACGUUCCCUACAAUCUGGAAAAGCUCAUGCAUGACGCCAGUAUACAAAAAAGGAGACAAAACGGAUAUUACCAAUUAUCGUGGGAUAACUUCACUGUCUGCUGGAUCGAAAUGCUUUGAGGUCAUUCUUAACAAAGCGAUUCUUGAAGCAUGUAAAUGCUAUAUCACGCCAUCUCAACAUGGAUUCUUCCCCAAGUGUUCUGUUGAAUCAAACCUAUGUGAGUUUACCUCCUUCUGCAUAAACAAUAUGGACAGUGGUGCGCAAAUUGACACGAUAUAUACGGACAUUAAAGCUGCUUUUGACACGGUAGACCGUGAAAUAUUGGAUGCCAAAUUUCGACGUCUCGGCUUCUCGGGUAGACUAUGUGACUGGUUGAAAUCCUACUUGACAAACCGAAAGCUAUACGUAAAGAUAGGAUCGGCUGAAUCGGCAACGUUCAGUCCGCAGUGUCUGGGACCAGUUUUAUUCGCUCUUUUUUUCAACGAUGUCUCUCUGGUUCUACCGAGCGGAUGUGUGCUGAUCUAUGCGGAUGAUUUGAAAAUUUACCUCGCCGUUCGCAAGUUGGACGACUGUUACUAUCUACAAGACAUGCUCAAGAGCUUUACCAAAUGGUGUCAACUAAACCAUCUUGUGAUUAGCAUAACGAAAUGCUGUUUCGUAAAGAACAAGAACGGUAUGAAGUCCGAGCUUGACUAUCCAGAGGCAGUCCAAGCUAUUGAUAAACGACACUACGUUGACGAUAUGCUCGUUAGCGUCAAAACUGCGAUGGAAGCAAUAAAGCUGGUUCAGGACGUGAAAAAAAUCCACACGAAAGCUGGUUUUGAAAUGCGGAACUGGAUAUCUAAUUCGCAAACAGUUUUAGCGUCGGUGAGCGAAGAGAAAAUGCAAGAAAAGAAUCUAGAUGAUGGUGUCAACAAUGUCACCGAGAAGGUUCUUGGCGUGUGGUGGGACACUUCCGAAGACUGUUUCACCUCCAAGAUUUUCACACGCUAUGAUAAAAAACUUUUCUCCGGAUAUCGUCGACCAACUAAGAGGGAGGUACUACGCACGCUAAUGAUGAUCUUCGAUCCGUUGGGGUUUAUCGCCCAUAUCUUAAUGUAUCUAAAGGUGAUACUACAAGAGAUCUGGCGAACGAAGGUUGAAUGGGACGAUCCGAUCGAGGACGCGCAGUUUCACAAAUGGCAGAUGUGGUUAGCUACUUUCCCGCAGAUAGCAACAAUUGGAAUUCCUCGUUGCUACCGUAGCACAACACCAGUAGGAACUAAUACGAACGUGCAGAUGCAUACAUUCGUCGAUGCAAUGCUGCCAAUUCUUCCUGAAUUGUAG